AUGGCACAAUUAUCGUGUGGUGUUCAAUGCACCCGCUCACUCUUAUUAGUCUUGAACGUUGGAUUCAUCCUCGUUGGCUUCUCUGUCAUGGGUGUCGGGAUCUACUUGAAAGUUGGUAACAAUUUUCGUGCUAUUUCAGAGAUCUCCGCUGUCUCUCAAGCAUUGGACGGAGAAGCAAUGCAGUGGGUUUCAAUCGGCAUGAUUGUUCUCGGCGUCUUUACUGCACUUCUGGCCAUUUUUGGAUGUUUGGGUGCGAUGUCGAAAAAUCGAUGCUUUCUGUACGUAUAUGCAAUCUGCUUAACGUUGAUUAUACUCGUCGAAUUUGCUGCGGUUAUCGCAACGUUGAUCUAUCGUAAUGAUUUGUACAAAUCCUUUGACUCUGGUUUUAUGGAAGUCUUUCAACACGCAUAUUCAAAAAAUCAAACUGAAGUGCAAAAGGCAAUUGAAAGUUUGGAAGAAAAUUUCAAGUGCUGCGGUGUUAAUGGUCCUUCUGAUUACAGCAAAUUCGGUUUCAAAAUGCCUCGAUCAUGUUACCGGAAUAAAGACGAUUUUCCGAUACCAUACAGUGAUGGGUGUGCCUUAGCAGUAGCCGUGUGGAUUUGGAAUGAAUUACCAAUCAUAGCUAGUGUUUUGGGCGUUAUUCUAUUUAUCGAAAUCUUUGGUGUCAUAUCGGCACUGGUACUUGGUGUGGCCGUCUCUCACUCAUCCAGUCCUAUAUAUUAUGCUAAGUUUUAA